AAAGCGGAAGCACACCUAGUGUAAUAUCUAUCAUACACAAAUUUUAAAACUUAAAUAAUUAGACAAAAUGAACUUCAACAAAAUUUUCGUUCUGAUGGCUGUCUUCAUCGCGGUCUUUGCUGGUCAAACCGAGGCAGGAUGGUUAAAAAAGAUUGGCAAGAAAAUUGAGCGCGUUGGUCAACAUACACGAGACGCCUCAAUCCAGACCAUCGCUGUGGCCCAACAGGCAGCCAAUGUGGCAGCAACAUUGAAGGGAUAAGCUGAAUGUUUCCCUGCCCCAAAUAUAUGUUUACAAUUUUUAUAGCUUAAUUUAAAUUAAUAUUAUUUAUUAGACAUUUUUGUGACUGAUUUAUGAGUAGUAAAACAGAAGAAGUAUUUUAUUAAAAUACAAUAUUGACAAAAAAUA